AUUUAAGCAACUAUGUUGAAAAUGACAGCUCUUUUGCAACUGUGGCGACGGCCAUCUUUCUUUCUUAAAAUUUUGUGUCUGCACUAAAGACGUGUUUUAAUACUUUUUAAGUGUUUUAACAGAAAUCAAAUAUGUCUGGUACUACCGCCACUAUCCGCACACGCAAGUUCAUGACCAACCGUUUGCUUUGCAGAAAGCAAAUGGUCUGCGAUGUCAUCCACCCCGGUUUGGCUUCCGUCAGCAAAACCGAAAUCCGUGAGAAGCUCGCUGCCAUGUACAAAGUUACCCCUGAUGUGUGCUUUGUCUUCGGUUUCCGUACCGCUUUCGGUGGCGGCCGUUCCACUGGCUUUGCCUUGAUCUACGAUACCUUGGACUUUGCCAAGAAAUUCGAACCCAAAUACCGUUUGGUCCGUCAUGGUCUUAUGGAAAUCAAGAAACAGACCCGCAAGCAACGCAAGGAACGUCGCAACAGAAUGAAGAAGGUCCGUGGUACCGCCAAGUCCAAGAUCGGUCAAGCCGCCAAGAAGUAAAUGUUGUUUGCCUUUUAUACAUUAUUAACAGCAUCCAAUUUCAAAAAUAUUUAUGUUUUUGGAGUGAUGCUCGAAUCAUUUCCAAUGAAAUGUUUACAAGUGGACACAUGUUUUUUUGUAUUUUAAGUAAAAUAAAUUGAAAAAAGUUCAAAUUAUUUUGAAUGUAAACUCACAAAACAAA